AACUAGUUGACGCCCCUCGGUGUCACUGCAGUGAUAAGGGGUGUGCUCCCAGCGCACGUCGCGCCAUUCCUCGCCUGGCCGCCGCCCAUCUCAGCCUUGCGAGAACCCGCGUGAGUUCCUCGCCUUAGCGUCUCGACCAUCACGCAUGACCGCCGCUUGACAGUGCGGACUCGACGUUGUUAUACCGUGCUUCUAUAAGAUCUGCGCACAGUGCCUGCUCAAUCGCCACUGCUUUUGUCCACUGCACACGAGAAUCUGCUGGAUGGCCCCCUUCAAGUUUCUCAAGUUCCUCGACAGCGGUGAAUUCGCCGACGUCGAAUUCAUGGUGCUUCCGGAGAAGUAUCCUGUUACGCGCAUGUUCAAGGCGCACAAGCAGUUCCUGGCCAUGAUGAACGAAGUGUUCGGCACGAUGUUCUUCGGAAGCCUUCCGGAGAAGGACCGGGUGAUCAUCACCGACAUCCAUCCGGACGGAUUCGCCUGCAUGCUCAGGUACUUCUACGGAGGCAAGCCGCGGUUCAGGGGCAUUGAGGACGCCAUGUACACGAGAACGGCGGCCGUGAAGUACAUGGCGACCGACUUGGAGCGAAUCUGCACCGAGUACAUCGUGUCGCACAUCAGCGCCCGCAACGUGUGCCGCCUCAUAGACUACGUAUCGCUGAGCGACGGCGGCUGCAUCGACGACGCGGUCCUGUCCGUGCUGCGACACGACGGAGUCGGCGUCGUCUGCUCCGAAGACUUCGUCGACGCCUCGGACGGCACGGUCGAGUACGUGCUCAACAACGUGCGCAACGUUCCCGAGACCUGCGUCGUGCACAGGCUACACGAUUGGGCCUGGGCCAAGGUCCUCAAGAGCCUGACGGUCGAAGGGAAAGAGGGCGACAUAACCCCGCCUCUGGACGUCAAGACUGUUAUGAAGCCCUUCAUGCCCUUGCUCAGGUUCCUGACCCUGACGCCGCAGGAGUUCAUCUUCGGGCCUUCUUCCUGGCACAUCUUCGAUGGCCGCGAUGACUUCGCCAUUCUCUGCAAUAUCGUCUGUUACGGCUCGGUCCCACUGCCGCAGUGGACGUGCUCCGUCAGGUACCGGAGAUAGUAGCUUAGCGUCGUUGUUCGUUCGCUUGCUCGGCUAUCAAGACCGCGUGACGGGAGCGUUAUCAACGCUUCCGUAACUUGCACAGUUAUAUGGACUACGUGAACGAAGCAAUGUCAGUGUUAUCGAGAAACCGACGGACGCCAAAAACCAAGAGGACACUGCGCCACAUCUUGAUGUUAGGCCCAUCGUAACGUCCUUGAUGUCGCAACGAGUAGGUGCUGACCACGCUCGUCGCCGUCAGCCCGACGGCUUCGCAUGUCAGCUCAUCGUAGGACUUCGUGACGUGAGCCAUUGUAAAUAGUACUAUGUCAUUGUCGGAAGCAAUUGGCCGUACUGCGUAGUAUGUUUAGUGCCACUGGUCCACGUUUUUAGAACGGGCGUGUUUUAUUACCAUGUCACUGCGUGCUAAUAUCCUAAUCAUCCCUGUGAAAGGCCAUGUGUUUUUAUUACAGCUAUUAGUCGUAACUCUUUAUAUCACUGUCUUCCGCCUACGACUACUGAAAGCCCUCGACGACGCCAUUUAGCGUAACUGUUCUUGACACAGGUACGUGUUUACCAGCUGUUAGUUUUAUCAUGACGCGGUGACAUGGAGGACAUAAGUGUUUUCCUGAGCUCGUUGGUUUCACUUAGCACAAAUGCUUUCCAGGAGAACGCACUCAAGCUUACAGAAAAGUAUGACGCACGCUGGUCUAGCAACUGAAUGUUUAUUAUUCGCUUUCCACGCCUUUUCACAGCACAAAACAGUGAAUGCUUAUUUCUUUCUUUUGUCACGCAGCUUAUCUGUUUCUUAUAAUGAUCGCUUUUGCGCAAGUAGCCCCUUUUUUCUGCUAGUCGUGUCGAUGAUGUGCUGAUACACGAUGGCUCGCUUCUGUCGAUGGCCAUAGCUUCUAAAACUCCGCGCGUCAUAUUGUCUCUACAUUUUUCUAAAACCUUGAUGUCGUGAAAAUUUAUGGUACAAUGGCGACGAUGAAAAGCGAGAUGCCCAGUGGAGAUUCCUUCCAAAGAUGCUGCAUGUUCUCUUGUCCUGUCAUCCGGACAUUUGACCGUUUGUUGCAUGUAUCGUCGUCCGCAUGAUAAAGGUAUACCAUAUAUCACCCCUGUUUUUCAGACAGUCUACUUUUCUUUUCUUUGUGCAUCACUAGUUUUUGCGGCCAUUGUUGAUUCGUGCACACAUUGAAUGCACAUUUUGUUUGGUGCUGAACCUACAACCGUGAGGCCUUCUUUCCUGGCUGUCUUCAGUUUGUGGGCUAGGCCAUGUUCAUAAGGCCCAAGAACAACCUUCUUCCUGAACCUUGCUGUUCGAGAGUGUCGUCUUCUUUUUCAGCCCUUUGGCGAUCGCUGUAAGCAGGCCUUUGGGAUAGCCAGCAUUGUUGAGCCUGGUUAGCUGGUGCGUGAAGCUUUCUUCCAUUAAGUGAUGACGCGACUUCUUUAGGGCGGCUUGCAACACCGUGGUCGCUAUGGCUCAUUUGACGUUCGAUGACCGGUCGGAGUCUCACUGCAGGAACACGUUGCAUGAGCGGGUAUCGUACUGCCGGCGUGUACGAAUGUCAUGCUGGAAGUAAGAAUGUCAAACUAGCCAUCGUGACCACGGCGCUACAAGCCACCCUAAGGAAGUCGUGCCGCCAGGUCAUGAAAGAAAGCAUCAGGUAACCAGGCUCAACAACGCCGGCUAUCCCAAAGGCCUGCGCACAGAGGUCUCCGAAGUGCUGCUAAAGAAGACUCGACUCCCGGGCAGCAAGGUUUAGGAAAAAUAAAACGUUCAAGAGAAAGGAAAGUUACUGUUGUGCCUUAUUUACACGGCCUAACCCACAAACUAAAGAAGAUGGCCGGAAAAGAAGGCUUCACAGUACCGACCAAGGAGUAUUCAAUGUGUGCACGAGUCAACAAUGGCGAGAAAAGUAAGCAAUGCACAAAAAACCACAGGAAGUACGCUACCUGCAAGACAAGGGUGAUAUACGAUGUACCUUUAUCAUGUGGCCGAUGAUACAAGGGAGAAACAGGCAGGCAUCUUGAUGACAGGACAAGAGAACAUGCAGCAUCUUUGGAAUCUCCGCUGGGCAUCUCGCUUUUCAUCGUCGACAUUGCACCGUACAAUUUCACAUCAAAGCUUUAGCAAAAAAGUAAAGAGAAGCUGACGCGCCAAAUUUUAGAAGCCAUGGCCAUUGACAGAAGCGGGCAAUCAUGCGGCGGUACACCAUCGAUACUGCUAACAGAAAAAUGAAAAGGGCUGCUUGCGCAAGAGCGAUCUAUCACCCUAAGAGACGGAUAAUUUGCGUGACAAAAGAAAAAAACCAUUGGCUGUCUCGGCAAUCUAAAAAAACGUGAAAAACGAAUAACAAACAUUCAGCUGCUAGUCCAGCGUGUGUAGUUGUCCCUUUCGCUCAGUGUCACUGCAUUCUACUGGAAACCAUUUGUGCUUUGUGACAUGAACGAACACUCCAUUUUUGCCGCGAUUUCAUUAUGCAUGCCCACCUUUUCCAGACUUCAUUUGUCGCCCACUAUGUUCCUAAUUCAUUUUACUGCCUAUUUAUCAAGUAUUGCAUCACACAUUCUUUGUCACCAUCUGUCAGCUUCACUCGUGAUGCAGACUUUCAUUUCAUACGGCAAAUCUCGCCUCAGAUAUGAGAGUCGCAGGCGGCUGUUUUCGAGCUGACAAAAGGCAGUUCCGAAGAGCAACAUGUGAAUAUUACUCUCGUGCGUAACCUCUUCGACCGUCUCAACCGAAUUCCAAUGGAAAGCACGGCUGCUGUGCCUGUCGCCAUCUGUCGUGUGCAUAUGCCAUUCUCGCUCCAUGAGCCAUUGACCAUGCCUUUGUACAUAGACAUUGUCCACCUCUUACGUGUCAUCGUGCAUGUGUUUUACUGCGUUAUUGACUGGUGAAUAAAGUACUUCAUUCACACA